CAUAGAAAUACUGUACACACCUAAACACAGACUGAACCAAAAUUAGUCUUUAGUGAGUGACGGACAAGAAAACCAGCACAAUGCGGUUCAGAAAGAUUUUUUCUCUGUUUUGCCUUUUUAUCACCUGUUCACUCCUCUGGUUAAUUCACUACAACUACAACUACACACCGUCCUGGCUGAGGCGCAUGUUGGACUGCAGAGAGAUUGUAACAAAGCACAUCAAUAUGGACUUGAUCUUUCCUCCAGGGGUUGUCUGUGCUCAGCCCAGCGUACAUACGAGUCGUCCAGAUGUUUCCCUAUCGACACGAUGGUCAGCUCCAAUUGUCUGGGAGGAAACAUUCGAUGUUGCGGUGAUUAACAACAUUUACAAACACCAGAACGUCACCGUGGCAACCAUCAUUUUUGCUCUGGGGAAGUAUGUACGUUUCCUGAAGGACUUUCUAGAAUCUGCAGAGCAGCACUUCAUGGUGGGCUACCCAGUGCAUUAUUACCUGUUUACAGAUCUUCCAAAUGAGGUUCCUGAGGUGAAUCUGGGGGAGGAGCGUCAACUGACAGUGAUUAAAACACCAAGCAUAAACCGCUGGCAGGAAAUCUCACUAAAGAGGAUGAAGAUGAUCGAAAAGCUCAUUGAAGAGGAACUCUUAUACACGGUCGACUACAUAUUCAGCCUUGAUGUUGACACCAAAUUUCAUGCGCAUUGGGGGGCGGAGUCUCUGGGCGACCUUGUCGCCGUGCUGCAUCCCUACCUGUUCGGGUUUUCUCGGAAACAGUUCACGUAUGAGCGCCGUCUCAAAUCUCAGGCCUACAUACCCCUCGAUGAAGGAGACUAUUACUAUGAAGGAGCCGUGAUCGGAGGACGUCCUGACAAAGUGCUCAAGCUGGCAAAGACGUGCCGCAUGCAAAUGGAGAUGGACCAAGCCAAUCAGAUUGAGGCAGUGUGGCAGGAGGAGUCUCAUCUGAACAAGUACUUCCUCUACAACAAGCCCACCAAGGUGCUCUCACCUGAGUAUCUUUGGAAUGAUAAAAAAGAGAAACCCAGCAACAUGAAAGUGGUGCGUUUCUCACAGGUGGACAAGAACUAUGCUGAUGUUCGACCAAACCCUUAAUGCACACUCUAAUUUUGAGUUUAGAUUUUCUUCCCCUUCCCAAUUUACUCAGAAAAAAAUAAUUAAUAAAAAAAUAUUUUUUAGUUUUAUCACCAUCAUCUAUUAGGUUUCAGCCACAGACAACAUCAGGCUAAUCCACCAGUUUAGCUUUUAUCAGCAAAACAGGCUCCAGAAGAAACAGCAACCUGAGAACACAAUUCAUGUUCUGUCUAUAUCCAUCAUUGACCAUUUGCAUAUUUUCCUCUUUUAAUGCCUUUCAGUCUCUGUAUCUCUUUUAAAUAAAUGAUUCUGGAUUUUAAA